AUGGAUCUGCAGCUUGUGCUUCUUCCCUUCGGCUAUGCAAGCUCGGAACAAGCGCAGGAGCUGAUCGACAUGGCCAGCUCUGGCAGAGAUUCCGAGGUUGAGGAGAUGAUGAACGACUGCCUGCAUCCAGACGUCGCGUACAAUGGAGGAGAAACUGCUCUCUUCGUAGCAUCCCGGAAGGGCCUCGUAUCGACGGUGAAGCUCCUCUUGGAGGCGAACGCAGUCCCAGACAGGCUGUCCAGGAAUGUCGCGUGCUUCGCGGGCCACGCGGGUGUGACACAGCUGCUGCUGGAGGGACGUGAGCUGCCCCUGAAUCUGGCAUGCUUCAAGGGAAGUGCCGAAACGGUUCAACAUCUCUUGGAUGCAAAGGCAGACAAGGACGCAAAAGGGCAACAGGGCUUCACCCCACUGCUUGAGGCCUGCUCCCGAGGAAACGUGUCCGUGGUGCGACUCCUCUUGGAAUCUCGUGCGAACGUUGAUACAGUCUGCUGCUCUGACGAUGUGUCCUACGGCGAAACUCCGCUCUACGUGGCUGCGCGGUCGGGCUACGUCGAGGUCGUGCGGCUCCUGCUGCAGGCGGGCGCCGACACCGAGAAGAUCUGCGGGAUGCAAGGGCUCACCGCCUUGGACAUGGCUCGCCGGAAGAGUCGGAUGCAGACGUGGCUUCUGCUGUUUUCGGCGAGCACUAGGAAGAAUCCGCUUGCCGGGUCCUGCCUGAAGCGGAUGCGAAGCUUCCUUGCAAGACUGCUGUCUGGAUGGAGGGCGAAGAGGCUGUAG